CUAUAAUAUUAGAUAUUUCAACAGAGAAAAAUAAGUAAAAAGAUUAUAUAAUAAAAAUGGUCUCCCAAUCAUUAGAAAAAAAAAAUUGUCUUCUUUAUUUUCAUGACUCCUCCUCCGAACAUAAAAACCUCACUUCCGAUCCACCGCCGUCCUGCGGCCUGCAUCUCCGCCGACAAACCCCUCUUUGCAGCCGAAAAACCUUCACAAAUAUCACUCCAUGCACUAGUACCGCCACCGACCGCACUGCCAUCACACAACUACAAAAAUAUAACUUUAGCUCCACUUCCAAUCUCGAAACGGUGGAUCGAAGGCAUGGAAAGCGGCCGCUUCCACCGGAAACAUCGGAGGAGAAAGACAGACAAUACGGUGCCGCCACCUUUCCUCCUGGUUACUACCCGUACCCUCAGUCCGAUUUUGCGGACAUAUCGGCAGUAGUCUCAGGUCUAUCUCAACCCACGGGAAGCGGCGGAGACGACAAACAAGUGGCAGCUGUAAAAGAAGAACCGCCACCAGACGCCUCUCAACCUGCACCACAAGAUCAAGAGAAUCCGAGGAGACGGCACUACAGAGGAGUGAGGCAAAGACCGUGGGGCAAAUGGGCGGCGGAAAUUCGUGAUCCCAAGAAAGCAGCACGAGUGUGGCUCGGCACUUUUGACACGGCGGAGGAGGCGGCUCUCGCAUACGAUAAAGCAGCACUCAAGUUCAAAGGCACGAAGGCCAAAUUAAACUUCCCAGAACGAGUCCAGGGCAACACGGAACUCAGCUAUGUUCCUGCCGCUAGCGGUGGAGAUUCUACCUCCUCACUCCCCGAGCAAAAUCCCGCGCCAUACAUCCCAUCGCCUUCACCGUGGACUUCACAGGAAUCUUACCCGCACUUGUUUCAGUACGCACAACUGCUAUCAAGUAACAACGACGCGGAUAUCUCUUUUUACACUUCCAGUCUCUUGAAUCCGGAACAAUCUCACUCUCCGAGUGUUUCUACGUCGGCAUUAUUAUCUUCCUCAUCGGUGUACUCCCAACAGUCACGGCAAGAGCCUGUGAGAUUUCCAGCCAAGCGGGACGGCUCCUCUGGUACCCAUAAUCAAGAACAAGGGAAAGACUUCUGAUUUCGAUCCUUGUCUUGUUGACCAGGGUUCCGAUCCUAUAUGGGGUUCACUGGAAAUCAUUUCAUCGCUAAUCACCUAUAAUUGCGACGUUAAGGGAUGGCCUUUCUUUAUCAAACUGCGGGUGCUACAUAUAUCAAAGGAGUUGGCUUAUUCUAUAGUCAUUAAGCCUAAAUAGCAAGUAUUUUUAAACAUGAGAUGAUCUCAUGUAUUAUCAUGCAUAUCUUUCUUGAAGUAUUAUUAAACAUGAGGUAGGACUUUGGAGGGUAAGGGAGUUAUAAUUAAACUUGAGCUUUUUCCAAGUGUGUUUUUUCUGUCGAUGUGGGAAGCUUGUCUGGGCUUUAGCCUUCGAGAUUUUCUAUCCUCCAUUUCAUCUUUUUCCCACUUCGUCAUCGGUCAGUUUGUGGAAUGAGAGUUUCAUCAAUCAUCAGCUCCUUUAUAUAUUGUCCAUGUAAGAGGUGAGUUCACCAUAAAUAAUACGCAUUGUUUCUU